GGGAGUCCUUCCGUGGGAGGUUGCUGUAGAGUCGUAUAGUGGACUGGUGCCAGUUUUGCGUGUAGGUUUGGUGCUGUGGGGUGACUUUGUUUGUAUGGUCAAUGGAGCAGAAAGUAGGGACUUGACGGUUAUGCUCGUUGGCGAACAUGUCGAUGUCGACUGUGCCAAAAAUCUGUAUGGCGUGUUUGUCGAAGAAUAUCGGACGGAGUUGGUAGUCCUCACAGUAGGUCAGCGGUGCUGGAAUAGGGAUGUCGUGGGGUUUGACGAUAUCUUGGUUAUGGUAUCGGUCGACAAACUCGUCGAUGACUUUGGAGGUGGUGCUAUCGCGCGCGAUGAGACAUUGGAUGAUGCCGUUGAGGAUGAGAGUUUUGGGAAAGUAGAUGGUGUAGCCAAUCGGGAAGUGUAG